AUGAGGACUGGCGCGGUGCUGCUCCUGCUCUGCUCCCUGGCCGCGUCCUCGCAGGCCUCUGCAGGGAAGCCCUGCCACGCGCAGGUGGCCCAGCUGCGGCUCAGCGUGAAGAAGCUGCAGUACCAGCUGCUGGUGGCCACCUGGCAGGUGGAGCACCUGCGGACGCACAAGUACUUCCGGCCCAUCCGCCCGAACCCUGACCCACAGACGGAGGGGAGGAGCAACAGCAGCGGAGCGACGCAGCUGCCCCCUGCUGGAGGCCUGCUGGUGCAUGACCAAGACUGCUCCCAGGUCUACGAGCGACUGCGGCCGCCCAGCGGCUUCUACCGCGUCAGGCCCGCCGCGCGGCGGGAGCCGGUCCUGGUCUACUGCGACAUGGAGGACGGCGGGGGCUGGACGGUGUUCCAGAGGCGGCGGCACGGGCGAGUGGACUUCAACAGGGACUGGGCCGACUACAGAGACGGAUUCGGGGACUUCAAGCUGUGGAACGACGAGUUCUGGCUGGGAAAUGAGAACAUCUUCUCUCUGCUGGCCGAAGGGAGAAACCUGGUGAAGAUCGAGCUGAUGGACUGGGAGGGGAAGAGACGCCACGCCUUCUACGAGAACUUCAGGAUCACAGAUGAGGCUGACAAGUUCCGGCUCCGGUACGGGACCUACAGCGGCACGGCCGGGGACGCUCUGACGGGAGGCGGAGGGAUGGUGGAGCAGUGGUCGGCGUGUCUCGGCGGGAUGCAGUUCAGCACCAGGGAUCAGGACAACGACCGCUACCUGCGCGGCAGCUGCGCGGAGGAGAGCAAGUCGGGCUGGUGGUUCAACAGGUGCCACCAGGCCAACCUCAACGGCCGCUUCCACCGCCGAGGCCGCUACCAGGGUCCGUCGGACGACGGCGUGGUGUGGGGCACCUGGCGGGGCCUCUGGUACUCCCUCAGACACACCAGCAUGAAGGUGCGCCCCCUGCUGUUCCUGGACACGGCAGGCAGUGGAGGAGGAGCCGAGUAGACCCUCCACAGGGGCCGCCGGAGGCCGACCGACCUCGGGCUCCUGCUGUCGCAUGUUCUGCUCCAGUUUAACCUGCUCACAUUUAUAUCGUCCCA